AAAACAUAUGUUGUAUAAGCAUAUGGUGCGAAAAGUGAAGUGCAUUAAUUGCAAAAUUGCAACUGGAAAGUAUAGUUUCUAAUAAGAAUACUAAUAAAAGCAUUAAUAAUUGAAUAUUAAUUAAUUCAUUGUUUUUACAAAUUGCAGCAGCUUACUACCAAGUACUAGAGAGUAUGUGCACUACAAGGCAGAGAUGUGUGUGAAAGCAAGCUAACUGCAAGUAUAUCAUCCAGUGGUACAAGAAGAAGUAGCUGAGAAGACUCCGCGUCCCAAACAUCGAGUAGUGCCGCUAGUUUAGUUAAGUGCGUUUGUGUUGAUAUUAGUCAGUGCACUGUAGUAUUUGUUUACUGCAUGUAUGCCUAUACAUGCAAAAUAAAACUUUAAUUGAAUAUAAAUAUCCAAUUUGAGUUUUAUUUGCUAGAAUACCCUUUAUAGGAUAUGUGCAGUCGAUCCAAUUUACAGUGUAUAUGCUGCAAUCAGUUGCUUGGAGACGACCCGCUUUGCUCAGCCGGAGGGUUGUCUGGAUUUGUGUUGUGUGUGCGCAAAGUGCCUGUAGUGGGUGGCAACGGCGCCAGUUGCUGGAAGAUUGGCAGGCGCGACUGUGAGGCAGCUGCGUUGCCUAUGUUGAGGGCCACCUCUGAAGAGGAUGAGUGUGUGGCAGCGUCAUUUGGUGGAGCGUCGUUGCGACGAGCUGCAUCGUUGCGAAGAGCCUCGUAUCUGCGUCGGGCUGCUAUUCUGCGAAGGUUUUCGCUUGUGUUGCGUGUUGAAGCUGGAUACGAUCUAGUGAGCCUUGCACUCACAAUAUUGCGACUGUGCUCACGGAAAGUAAUCGGGCCAUACACCGGAGGAUGACGGCGAAGAUAACUAGCACGGAAUUCCGCAUCUUCUUCAGCUUGUCUUCGCUGUUGUCGCUGAGAGCGCAUUUCAAUUUCGUUAGCCAGGUGAGUAUUUACGAGGCUAGAGUAUCUGGGCAUUGUUAGUCGCUGUGGGACAAACGGAUCAUGGGCUAUGCUUCUAGCCUCAUUGUUGCUAUGUACUCGUAGUCGCUCGUAGUACUUUGAGCAGAUAUUAUUAAAUUGCUCAUCCACAGAU